AUGUUGGGCCAAUGGACUUUCUGGAUGAAGCAUCAAUGGCAAAAUGCUGCGGACGGUGGUAGUUUUGGAACAUUUUCGUGGGCGUCAUUAAUUAUUGCUGGAACCUUUCUAAACGAUUGGCGUGAGUGGAUUUGUGUUGUUCCUGUCAGCAAUGCUAUUGCUCGUAAGCACCGUGUGAUUAAAGCGAGUAUCGGACUCCUUACCGUAGCAUUAGUCAGUUGGUUAUUGGCUUAUCUUAUUUCAUCAAUUCCUGCGUCGUGGAGUCCAAUAUGUUUUUCAAUGAAAGAUAAUAGUCCAACUAUAUGCCCUAACAUGAGUCUACCUUCAAUUCCAUUUGUGGCACCACAAACCGAUGUCAUUUCAAUAUGGACAAUGACUCAAAGACUCGUUUCACUCAGUUUUCAUCUUGCGUUAACAAUUAUGUUUCACUAUCUCUUCUAUAAUUACUGCUCUUUUCUUACGACUGUUUGGCUAUGGUUUCUAUUUUUAAUCAUUAAACAAACUUAUUCUCAAGCAAUCUUUGCUAGUAAAACAAUAUUAUCAAGUCAAGGUACCCAGUAUAUACCUGUUAAUAUGCCAGCUCAAUUUAUUUCGAUAACUAAUACUGAUUCAGUCAAGAAAUGUUCUAUAUUAUGUAACAGUAAUGUUCUAUGUCGCAUUUUUGAUUAUGCAGUAUCUUCACCUAAACAAUGUCGAUUAUUUGAAGGUGAUACAAAUAAAUUAGGUCAAAUUGUUACCUCAACUUCAUCUCAAUCGCAAGUUGGCACUUUACAACUUUCCGCACGUCUUUUCGUUGAAUACGGCAGUCCAUGUAUUUCCACUUGUAAUCAAAUUCGCUAUCUUCGAUGUGGAAAUAAUUCUACGUGUGAAUGUAUGCCACAUACUUAUUGGAAUGCAUCAAUUUCUAUGUGUAUUCCACAAUCGCCAAUACUUGGUGCAUCCUGUCAACAAAAUAUGAGCAUGUGUAGAGAAGACCUAAACUAUACAUGUUUACAAUUUAAUCAAUGUGGGCCAUUAUCAGUACUUUCUGGAACAACAAUUGCGAAUGAUACCACUAAAAUAACGAAUAGUUCAACUGCUGGUCUAAGUUAUCCUAUGGGAAUUGAUAUAUUUGGAACCAACAGUGACUCAAUUAUUAUUGUAGAUACGGGCAAUAAUCGUAUUCUCGGUUUAUGGGAUGCUGAGACAAACUAUAAAAACAUUUCUGUAGUGGCAACUGAAUGGACUCCUGGACAGCCUCUGGUCUUGCCUUGUGAUGUGUAUGUCAAUGCUAGAAAUGCAUGUGAUAUUUAUGUUACUAAUUAUGAUAAUCCUCAAGUUGUAUUAUAUUCUAACAUGCAAACAAUUAAUCCACUACCCCGCAUGGUUGCAGGUCUCGGUUAUGGUGGAGCAGGACUUGACCGUUUGAAUGAUCCAUUUGGAGUCGUAGUAGAUAGUAAUAAGAAUGUCAUCGUUGCUUCUAUGGCAGAUAAUCGAAUAAUGUUUUGGCCUCCAAAUGCUUUGAGUGGUACAAUAAUAGUUGGUCAUAUCUCAGCUAUUAAUGGGAAUACUUCUAUGGAUCUUGAUUGGCCCCAAGGAAUAGCACUUGAUGAACACAAUUCAUGGUUAUAUGUCGCUGAUUCAAAUAACCACAGGAUACAACGGUACAACUUAAAUGAUACUUGGCCAUGCAACGGUACUACAGUAGCAGGCGGCAAUGGUCCUGGUUCACGAAGCAAUCAACUCUUUUAUCCAUCUUUUAUUAAAAUAUCGAAUAAGACGGGAGCUUUGUACAUAGCGGACAACGGUAAUAACAGAAUUCAACGUUGGGAUCAAGGAGCAACUGAAGGAGUAACUAUUGCAGGUGAUAUCAAUGGCAAUCCGGGAUCCAAUGAUACGAUGCUUAACUCUCCUGCAGGAUUAGCUAUUAACCAUAAUGAAACAUUCAUGUAUGUAAUCGAUCAAAGCAACAAUCGCGUCCUCAGAUUUCAGCUCAUUUAA